CAUAUGUUGCUUACUUUAAAACUUUCUAAAACUUUCAAUGACACUAUUUCAGGGAGUUUUUGGGUCAGCUUUCCAGGUUGGUGUAUCGACAUGGUGUUUAUGCUCAACCUUUGGGGAUUAUAUUACAAUUAUCGCCAGUGUUUUCCAGCAGUCAAGUUUAGUUGAAUUUUCUACUGUAUAUGGGUUCAAGCCUUUGGGAAUUGUAGUUACAGUUGCCAUUGGUUUUGCAUUGAAAUCUACUAUUGCUCUUUUGACUCAGAAAAUCCAGAAAGAAAGCACGGGCUAUCUAGCUUCAUUUACGAUUUAACUACCAAAAAAUGAUUGUUGUUUAUGUACUCCACUAAACUGAAAACAUAUAUCGAUAAUAAAAAUACCCGCAGCAAAGCGCAGCCUAUCUAUCUAGUUUUACUUAACUUCCACUCCCAUAGGAAAAUGACACAAGUAGAGUCUACUAUUUUUUUUCUUUGCAAAAUUGAAGACUUGGGAAGUACCAAACAAAAUAGAAGCUAUGAAGUUGAGGAGUAAUUGCUUGAAGACUUGGAAGACUUUUAGUCAUGUCCUUUGCAUUUUACAUCACGCAAAGCCAAAUGCCUUUGUCCCCAUUUGGAUAUGACUUGAAGUCGAGUCGCCAUCAGUACUUGAGUACCUAUCAAAUCAGAUGAAGAGAUUUUAGGGUCUGGAAAGCAUGACUGGGUUACAGUAGGCCCAAACGCGUUUCUGCAUAGGAAUUUUCAGCUAAUCAUCCAGAAACUGUUCGGUCAAGUAUCAUUUUUUCUUCACUUGAAUAUGUGUACUGAGAUACUUUUUCAUUCCUCUUAACUUAUAAAUGGCAUCCAAUUAGAGCCAAGGAAAUUCAUUACAAGUCCUUCUUUCUUGGGGACAAUGGCUAGCCACAAAACUUUCAUUCAUCUUCUUCUUCUUGUUCAUUUUUUCCUUCAAACCACAGCUUUUGCAUACUCUAGGACUGCUAAUCAGAGUUUCAGUGCGGCUUGCAUUGAGGAGGAGAGGAAGGCCCUCCUUGAAUUCAAAAAAGGCCCUUUUCAAGGGCUUCCUUCUUGGGUUGGGGAAGACUGCUGCAACUGGUAUGGCAUAGCCUGCAGUAACCAAACAGGCCAUGUCAUCUCGGUAGACCUCUCCUUGUAUGCACCCUCUGUUCCAGUUCCGAAAUCAAUUGGAAACCUGUCACAUUUGCACAUCUUAAACCUCUCAGGAUAUGCCUUCUCCGGUCCACUGCCAACGUCAAUAGGAAACCUGCCACAUUUGCAGACCUUGGUGCUCUCAGAAACUGCAAUCUCUGGUCCACUUCCGGCGUCAAUAGGAAAUCUGUCACAUUUGCAGACCUUGGUGCUCUCAAGAAAUCGAAUCUCUGGUCCACUUCCGAAAUCAAUUGGAAACCUGUCACAUUUGCAGAUCCUAACCCUCUCAGGAAGUGCCUUCUCCGGACCACUGCCAACGUCAAUAGGAAACCUGCCACAUUUGCAGACCUUGUUGCUGUCAGGAACUGCAAUCUCUGGUCCAAUUCCGAAGUCAAUAGGAAACCUGCCACAUUUGCAGACCUUGGUGCUCUGGGAAACUGCAAUCUCUGGUCCAAUUCCGAAGUCAAUAGGAAACCUGCCACAUUUGCAGACCUUGGUGCUCUCAGAAACUGCAAUCUCUGGUCCAAUUCCGAAGUCAAUAGGAAACCUGUCACAUUUGCAGACCUUUGUGCUCUCAGGCAAUGCAAUCUCUGGUCAAUUUCCUACUUCUAUAGGAAAUCUGGACCUCUCAAUCAAUGUAAUUUCUGGUCCAAUUCCGAAGUCAAUAGGAAGCCUCCCACGGUUGCAGAUACUUCACCUCUCACGCAAUACAAUCUCCGGUCCCCUUCCGAUGUCAAUAGGCAAUUUGUCACAUUUGCAGGCUCUGGACCUCACAGAAAAUGCAAUAUCUGGUCCACUUCCCACAUCAAUAGGAGAUCUGGCAAAUUUACGCAUGCUGGCCCUUUCUGACAACUUAAUCUCCGGUCCACUACCCACGUCAAUAGGAAAUCUGUCAUGUUUACAGAUCCUGGACCUUGCUGGAAACCCAAAAUUGAAUGGAACCAUUCCAGAAAGUAUUGGACAACUUAGCGAAUUGACAGGGUUGUUCCUUCGGAGUGAUUCACGGGACGGGAUCAUAUCUGAAAAUCAUUUCCAGAACCUCACAAAAUUGGUACAGUUUGAUUUAUCAUGUCCUGCAUCUAACUCUCUUGUUUUCAACGUCAGUCACAACUGGAUUCCUGUUUUCAAUCUUUCGUCUCUCUCCAUCACUGAUUGCAAGCUAAUGAUCCCUGCAUUUCCAGCAUGGCUGAGAACUCAAGCAUUCCUUACUAGUAUAAACCUCUCAAAUGUUGGAAUUUCAGACACAAUACCUGAUUGGUUUCCGAGAAUUUCACCAUUCCUUGAACAGGUGGAUCUUUCUAAGAACCAGUUAAGGGGAAGGCUUCCUAAAUCGGUAAAUUCUCUUCUAAAAGAGGUUUAUUUGGAUAUCAACAGUUUGGAGGGUUCCCUUCCACUUUGGCCAAAUGUAACGGAUCUCAACUUGGCAAGCAAUAGAUUUUCAGGACCAAUACCCUUGAACAUUGGCAAUCAGAUGCCAAUGUUGUAUAGUCUAGAUCUUUCAAGGAAUAAUAUACACGGUACUAUUCCCCUUUUUGGGAAUAGCACUAGGUUGGUUGCUCUUGACUUCUCAAGAAAUUAUUUAUCAGGAAAUAUUCCUAUGGAUUGGUCAGGUUUAACAGGCCUCAGGUACCUAGAUCUUUCCAAUAACAAUCUAUCUGGCCAACCCUUCACCAUGUGCUCACAACUACCAACUCUUCGAUGGUUGAGAUUAAGCAACAACAACUUUUCCGGGGAGCUUCCAGUGUUCUUGCAACUAUGUCAAUCGCUGGCUGCACUGGAUCUUUCAGGAAACAAAUUCUCCGGGGCCUUACCAGAGUGGAUUGGAGAAAGCCUAUCGUCAUUGUCAUAUCUACUUCUAGGAGCAAACAUGCUUACUGGAAAUAUACCUCAGCAGCUAUGUGGUCUCCCCUAUCUUCAGGUUUUAGACCUUUCUCAUAAUAAUCUAUCAGGUUCCAUCCCUAGAUGUCUUGGCAAAUUGGAAAGACUGACAAAAGUAGAGUUGGAAGAACUGACAAUAGUAGAUGACCUGAUCCAUUUCAACCGUAUCCAUAUGGACUUAAAUGUCAAAGGAGUAGAAUAUGAUUAUACUGCAUAUCUCGUAAAACUACUAACCAAGAUAGACCUAUCAAGUAAUAAUCUAUGGGGAGAAAUACCGAAAGAGAUGACAAAUCUCACCGCUUUGGGUAGCUUGAAUUUGUCACAUAACCAUUUGACUGGAAAGAUUCCAGAUGGUAUCGGAAGUUUACAUCUGUUAGAAGCUCUUGACCUCUCUAGUAACCAUCUAUUCGGUCCAAUUCCUUCAAGCAUGACCUCCAUGACUUCACUAAGCAAAUUGAACUUGUCACAUAACAACUUUUCUGGGCCAAUUCCAUCAACCAACCAGUUCCUUACCUUCAACGAUCUAACCUCAUUUGAAGGGAACUCAGGGCUUUGUGGGCAGCCAUUGCCAACCGCAUGCAGCUCAUCCUCCAACAAUGAUAAGGAUCCGGAGGUUGAAGAAGAUAAGUAUGAAAAAAUAUGGUUGUAUGGAAGCACAGGAUUGGGGUUCAUUGUGGGAUUUUGGGCUGUGUUUGGCAGCUUGGUGAUAAAGAGGUCAUGGAGACAUGGUUAUUUCAAGUUUCUUGACAAAAUGAAAGAUAGGCUCUCCUUCUGGUAAUCGAUCAAAGUGAAGAAAGGUUCAACCUUCGAAGAUGAUCAAGUUGAAACGACUGGAAGAUAUAACAACCUGUUAUUUUUAUUCUGUACUUAGACCAGUUGGGUGUAGUGAAUUGUAUGUUUUAUGGGCAUGAUGUGAAAUUUGAAUGAGAAAUAAAUAAAACAGAGAAGUAACUUUUUAUAGGUACAACAGCCAGCCAAAGGCCAAACUAAACAGAAUCCCAAACAGAAAAACAAGCUUUACCCUUAUAAUCAACGGAGAAGAAGCUCCGAAUUUGGCCACAGAGUCGCUCCCAAAAGGUGAUUAUCUGUUGAUAGCAACUUGAAGGAAACUUCAAUCUCUUGCAACUCGAGCAUUGAUGGCUGAAAGGUAUGUGCUUCAAUUGAGUAUGAUCGAUGUCUACGAGACUACGGAAACAAAAGGGUUGAGACUGAGUGAGUUGAACCUCAAAUGGAAAUCGAAAUUUUUGUAUUUUGGGAAGAAUGGGAAAAGGGUAUGGCGGAGCUGCGGAGGGUUUGCGGAGAAUUUUGAAUGGAUUGCAGUUAGAAUUUGGU